UUUAAAAUCUUUAUGAUGGUUUUGAGCUUUUGCCUACAGAAUUUUAUAAUUGGAGCUUUUAAGCCCGCUUGCCACAUUUCUGUUUCAUUUUCUGAUGGGAAGUCCCGAAAGCAGGUUCCGUUGAAGAAGGAGAAUGGCCAAACAUUAAUGGUCCCGCUUUUCCAAAGUCAAGAAAACAUUCUUGGCAAGAUUUCUAUCGAACCAGUUUCGGGAAAGAAGGUUGAGCACAACGGAAUCAAAGUUGAACUUCUUGGUCAGAUUGGUAUGUUUCACAUUUAUUUUUUGCCAUAACCCUAAGUGUACAGUAGCGAAUAUUAUACUGAUAACUUGUGUUAGGAGACAGGAGUGGACAUUUGAGUUCUGCAGUCUUCAAUUUUUAACAUUUAUUUGGUAACAAAUGGAAAAGGUUUUGUCUUUUCUAACUUAAUAAGAAGCGAUAGAGAUGCUAAAAAAGGUUGAUGAACAGUAAAAAAACAUUUAUUUUAGACAAUUUCAUUUAAAGUGAUGGCGAAAGUUCCAUUUGAACAUGUUAUGGUGAAAGCUUCAUUUGAUCAUGUUAAUGUAGUUAUAAUUGACAAUUAUUCACUUUUCUGUGCUCAUUCUUUGUUUGAAGGAGGUGAAAUUAGCUCUGGAGUUUCUUAACAAUUCAAUGGGUGGAAUGAUAUUGAUAAGCAGGGCGAGAUUAUUUUCUGCCAGUUAUCUAAUUUAGAUAACGAUUGUCAUGCUAAUUAUUAGACCACUAGUUUGUCCUAAAAAAAAA